GACAAAAUAGCAGUUCAGCGGCAGCUAGAGUAGAAGAAAGACUCGGAGGCUAUGCCUGGGCAGCUGAGUCCAGGGGACUGCAUGCUGAAGUAUAACAGAGAGGAAACGAUAAAUCUCUGCUACUAUGAGAUAAAUUGCUCCUGCUUUAGCUAAGGAAGCAUUGAGAAUUAGAAAUAAUCUUUUUUUUUUUAAAAAAAAGAAAAGCUCACUAUUAUUUUCUGAACUUUCUUUCCUUUUCCUUAUCUUUUUAUCCCCUAAAGAAAUCCUUAAAGGCAAAGCAAAUAUUAAAAAGAGGAGGGGAGAAAGGGAAGGAAAAGAAGAAGAGAGGAGGUUUGGAUCAAGGUGUCAAGAGCAGGGCAGAAGAGGGCAAGUAACAUGACCAUUUUCUUGUGGUUUGUGUUUCUUGCUUCCCUUCUGAAGCACAUAAGCUGCACUAGUCCACGCCGAGCUCCGGAGUCCAACGCACGAAGGUAUAAUCGGAUUCAGCAUGGCCAGUGCACCUACACGUUCAUACUUCCUGAACAGGAUGGAAACUGUCGUGAAACUUCCUCUGACCAAUACAACACCAAUGCACUGCAAAGGGAUGCCCCUCACAUGGAGCCAGAUUUCUCCUCCCAGAAACUGCAACGGCUGGAGCAUGUCAUGGAAAAUUACACUCAGUGGCUGCAAAAGCUUGAGAACUACAUUGUGGAAAACAUGAAGUCAGAAAUGGCCCAGCUGCAGCAGAAUGCUGUCCAAAAUCACACAGCCACCAUGCUGGAAAUAGGAACUAGCCUUCUCAGCCAGACAGCAGAACAGACAAGAAAACUCACAGAUGUUGAAACACAAGUUCUUAAUCAAACAUCCCGGCUUGAAAUCCAGCUGCUGGAAAAUUCCUUAUCUACUUACAAGCUGGAGAAACAGUUGCUCCAACAGACCCAUGAAAUCUUGAAAAUCCAUGAGAAAAACAGUCUAUUGGAACACAAGAUUCUUGAAAUGGAAGAAAGGCAUAAAGAGGAACUAGAUACACUAAAAGAGGAAAAAGAGAACUUGCAAGUUUUGGUAUCUCGUCAAAGCUACAUUAUCACAGAACUUGAGAGGCAACUAAGUAAAGCAACAACCAAUAACAGCAUUAUGCAGAAGCAACAACUUGAACUCAUGGACACAGUCCACAGCCUGGUCAGCAUUUGUUCUAAAGAUGGAGUUUUGCUAAAGAAUGCAAAAAGGGAAGAAGAGAAGCCAUUCAGAGACUGUGCAGAUGCAUACCAAGCUGGUUUUAAUAAAAGCGGUGUCUACACAAUUUAUGUUACUAAUAUAUCGGAACCUAAAAAGGUUUUUUGCAAUAUGGAGACUGCAGGAGGAGGCUGGACAGUCAUACAACACCGAGAAGAUGGGAGCCUAGAUUUCCAAAAAAGUUGGAGAGAAUACAAAAUGGGUUUUGGUAGUCCCUCUGGUGAAUAUUGGCUGGGCAAUGAAUUUAUCUUUGCAAUAACCACCAGUCAAAAACAUUACUCUCUAAGAAUUGAACUAAUGGAUUGGGAAGGAAGUCGGGCUUAUUCACAAUAUGAUAGAUUUUACAUAGGAAAUGAAAAACAGAAUUACAGGCUGUAUCUCAAGGGUCAUUCUGGAACAGCAGGGAAACAAAGCAGUCUGAUAUUACACGGUGCUGACUUUAGUACCAAAGAUGCUGACAAUGACAAUUGUAUGUGCAAAUGUGCUCUUAUGCUAACAGGAGGUUGGUGGUUUGAUGCCUGUGGCCCUUCCAAUCUCAAUGGGAUGUUUUACUCAGCUGGACAACACCAUGGAAAAAUAAAUGGGAUCAAAUGGCAUUACUUCAAAGGUCCAAGUUAUUCAUUACGGUCCACAACUAUGAUGAUCCGUCCCUUGGACUUUUAAAGAGCCAAGAAGAUAGUGGCCUUCUGAAGGAUACCAUAUAUAAUCUUUACAAGCAGAAGGUGAAAACUCUCUGAAAAUAUUGGAUUCCAACAUCCGAGUUGUCUUUGGAUCUUAUUUCACUGGCUGCAGUAAUCAAAGACAAGUCGCUGUCCAAUCCUGGGACAGAUGAAACUGUGGAUUAUGAAUAAUAUAAAAUAGCUUUUUUGGCUAUUCAGUGGACAACUUUAAGGUUCAGUUGCCACAAAUAAACUGGUAUCUUUUAACCAAAGCCUUUUUUGCUGUUUUUUUUUCUUUUUUUGCUUUGAUCAAGACAAAUUUUAAAAAUAUAGAACAUGCAAACCAAGUGGCCUUUUGAAAAAACAGAAAUAAAGUCUAAUGGAUGGCAGAAGAUGUUUGUCUAUCAGGAAAAUGGUAUCAGAUCAAACUGCUAUUUAUUUGUAGCCCCUUAAAAUGCAACUAUGGCCUCUUAAGAAAAUGUGAUUGAGAUGGAAAACUUCUCUUUAAUACCAGAACAAUAUGGCAUAUAGGAGUUAUUUCUCAUUAAACCCAUUUCAAACAUGGAAUAUCCUUCAAAGAGUCAAUGAAUCAAGUUGGACAUAAAAAUAAGAGCAAUAUGCAAGAAUGGUUAGUUGACCAGUAUGGCUAGGCUAAAAUUUGGCAAUCUAGGUAAUUGGAUUCUUCCAAAUAUUUCAACUAUGAUAACAAAAGGAAUUAUGGAUUUUUCUUUCUGAUUGCUCCAGCUUUACUUUGCUUCAUAUGAUAUUCCAAUAUGAAUGUCACAUGAAAAAUAAAGAAAAAUAAAAAGCAGAGCUCUUUUUAAAAAUGCAAAAUCAAGAUUAUUUGUACAUAGAUUUAUGACAUGGAUACACAAAUACAAAAAAUAUGAAAACAGCAUAACCAUGUAUUAACUGGAUUUACUUUAUCAGUCUUUCUGGUUUGCAUGUACACAUGUAAAUGUUAUUUGUAAGUGGCUAGAUUUUCACAUCUGUUAUUCAACCUUCAUUUGACAGAAUUCAACAGAAAACUAUGAGUUAUUUCCUAUCCUUUAUUUACACCUUUGAACAGUGGUUUGGAAAUUAAGGCAUACAAGAGAAGAAAGAGAUUACAGAUACGGAUUCAAAUACCCAGAAUGGAAAGCAGUUAUAUUAAAUUGCUUUGAUAUAAUUUAAAUGGGAAAACAAAACUCCUAUUUAAAAUUAGUAGGAUUGAAGUUUAGUUCCCUAGGUCAUUAUCUAGAUGGUACACAUAAUCUUGGCUUCAGAGAGUUCUAAGAUUGUGGGUUAUUGUGUUUUCUACUUGUUUCCAAUACAUCCAUAAUCAAAAUUCCAUGUGCAUUCUAAUGAGUGUUGAAACCUAGUUCAUAUAUUUGCCAAGGUUACAAGGUCUUUCAUCGAUAUUUCAGCUUCCAAUGUACAUCUAACAUUAGACACAACACCAUAUCUGAGGAACGUUGGAAGUUGAAUCAAACCAUCAACUCAUCUCGCUUCUAUUUUUAUGGUUUUAGAAAAGCAUAGACUUUGGCAGUAAACUGUGAUCCAUCAUUUAUAUGUAUGCUGAUCAUUUACAUAUAAACAUGAUAUUACUUAUUUUUAACUGUAUUCCAUUUUCCCCUUGGGAAGAUUAUAUUAAUUUGUUGAUUCAACAAUAUAUACAUAUGUGCCUUUAAAUAUUUCCUCAAGAUAAAGAGACUUAUGAUAAGCAAAAUACAGAAAGAUAAUUUAGGGCUUUUAUGCAUUUGGUCUUUUUAUUGAAAUUAAAUGGGAAAUUUUGCACCCAGACUUCAUGUUACUAAGCAAUUUGUAUCAUUUGAACACGCUAAGUGAAGAACAUGUAUUGAGAUAAAUUCAUUGUGUGUGGGGGGAAAAUCUUAAAUUCCCGUUGGGAAAGAUAAAAUUUUCAACCAUUUUUCAAAGUCAGGACUUCCCAUUAUCUGCUGCUCAAAGAGUACAGGGAGAGAAUUGCCUUAUAAGGUUUUCCCCUGAAAUUUAAUAGAAACCCAGGAAAUCAAGGAGGUCACAGAUUGCCAGAGAGAUGAUUGUACAGGGAAAUAGUGGACAUUCAUAUAUACACUUCUUGGUCACUGUGUAAUAAAUAAGAGCAGAAAUGUCAAAGUCCGCCCAUAAGGAUUAAAAAAACUGUGAAAAAAAUUCUGAAGCAUCAAAGCAAAGGAGAACUGGUUGAAAACAUUCAGGAAUGUUGAAAAAACAACAACAUUUUUUUCACCCACCAUUAAUUCAAGCAGAUUCAUGUGAAGUGGAGAGAGACUAUGGCUCAGUGGUACAAUAUAUCAACAUGUAGAAUUUCUAAAUCCUGUUCUUGUAUCUCAAGAGCCGUGAUGGUGCAGUGGUUUGAAUGCAGUAUCACAGGUUAAUUUUGCCCACUGCCAACAGUUCGAACCUGACCAACUCAAAGUUGACUCAACCUUCCGUCCUUCUGAGGUCGGUAAAAUGAAGACCCAUAAUGUUGGGGGUAAUAUGUUGACUCUGUAAACCACUUAGAGAGGUCUGUAAAACACUGAAGUUUAAGUGCAGUUUAAGUGCAAUUUCUAUUGCUAUGUCAGAAAGUUCAUAAAAAAACUUAAGUGAUACAAGUGCCUACCUGAACUACCCUUCUAUCACAAUUGAUAAUCCUGGACUAGAUAGAGAAACUGUAUGAUCUGGUAACUCAUCUUUUUAUGUUCCUGACUUUCUGCUAUAUUACAAUGAGGUUCUCAUUUUCUCAAGACAGUAAUUAUUCUCUCCUAUUAUGUACAUGACUGAUGGCUCUGAAAUUAAAACAUCAUUGGGUUUAACCAAUGUAUGAACCCUUUUUAAUUAUUUUUAAUUAAUAAUUUCUAUUGUAUCUAAUACAAUUGUCUCAGUUUCCUGUUAAUCCAGGGAAAUCAUGUUUCUUCUGUGUAUGGAACAAAAUCAUUCAUUUUUAAAACAAAAUAUGAAAGAAUAAGGAUGUACCACAGUGUUCUUUGUAAUUGGGAUAGUUUUCAAGUUAAGUUGUGUAUUUAUGUAUUUGUUUAUAUUUCAGUGGUUUAUAUAUUCAGUGGUUCCUGCCAACUGUUGCUUUUUCUCUUAUUUCAACAAUCUUCAUUUAUGUCCAAAGAUUGUGGUGCUUCUCAUUAGUGGCAUUUUUUUUAAAGUCACCAAAUCUGAACUGCUACUGUGUGGACCCAAUUAUAAACAGUGGAGGGUUUUUAAAAAGUCAAACCUACAAGCAUAUUUACUGUUUAUUUAUCUCUGUUUGAAGAAAUGGGGGACAUGAUUUCCUAUCCUUUAUAAUAAAAUGUUUAAAACAUG